GUACAAAAAAAAGAGGGAAUGAGUGAGAAUCAUGUGAAGUGCCGCCACUCUCUCUCUCUCUCUCUAUAUAUCAGUCACUGGGUCAAUCAAUCAAAAGCUUCAAUCUUAACAAUCCAACAAAACACCCACUUCUGUCUUGUUUUGUUUCAAUUAUCCUCAGAGCCUCUUCUUCUUCCUUUUCUUGUGUUUGUUUGGUUCCAAUGGCUGCAACAACUGCCCCGAGAUUCAUCAAGUGUGUCACCGUUGGUGACGGAGCUGUAGGCAAGACCUGCAUGCUCAUUUGCUACACCAGCAACAAAUUCCCCACAGACUAUAUUCCCACUGUGUUUGAUAAUUUCAGUGCCAAUGUGGUUGUUGAAGGCACAACUGUCAAUUUAGGCCUUUGGGAUACAGCUGGCCAAGAGGAUUACAACAGGCUGAGGCCUUUGAGCUACAGGGGGGCAGAUGUCUUUGUCUUGGCUUUUUCUUUAGUUAGUCGCGCAAGCUAUGAGAAUGUGUGGAAGAAGUGGAUCCCUGAACUCCAGCAUUUUGCCCCUGGCAUUCCAUUGGUAUUAGUUGGAACCAAAUUGGAUCUGCGAGAAGACAAGCACUAUAUGGCUGAUCAUCCUGGCUUGGUGCCUGUGACUACUGAGCAAGGUGAGGAACUCCGUAAACAGAUUGGAGCUACCUAUUAUAUUGAGUGCAGCUCAAAAACUCAGCAGAAUGUGAAGGCAGUUUUUGAUGCUGCUAUCAGAAUGGUCAUCAAGCCUCCACAAAAGCAAAAUGAGAAGAGGAAGAAAAAACCACGUGGCUGUUUCCUAAACAUCCUCUGUGGAAGGAAUAUUGUUCGUCAUAAAUGAAACACUAGGUGUCUACAUCAGUAUUUCAUCCAAAAGUUUCACGCGCUAUGUGGGGGAGUUUGUUUACCGUUUCGUAGAAAUUUUAAACUUGACGUAAAAUCACUUGGCUGGAGUUUGCAGUAUAGCUACUUACAAUUGGAUGUUUUCAGUUAAAUUUCUGUCUUAGAAACUUUACACUCGAUAGCCUGUAAAGAAAAGACAGCGUGAGUUUGUUUGCUACUACCAUUUAUUUUGUUUGGAAAUGAAAGAGUUUCAAUGUACAUACAGCAUACAUGAGGUGGAGUCGUUAUCUGAUAUUCAUGGCUCUCGUGCAAAAUUAGCCAAUGUUUGAUUCAGAUGUAGUAUUAAUGGCUUUUCAA